AUGGAUGAGGAAACGCUCAAGGAAGCUCUCACGAGCUUCCCCAAUGCCAGCAAGGCGCCAGAACCUGCUGCGACCUCGGCGCUCAACAUCAACGCCCUGUUCGAUAACCCGCUCUUCGCGGGUGGAAUUGGUCUCGCUUCUCUCGGCGCUGUCGCAGCAUUUGCACGAAAAGGCGCAUUAUCCGCUCUCGGAGCAGCUCGGCGUCGAUUGCUCGUCAACGUCGAGAUCAGCAAACAGGAUCCCGCCUACCCUUGGAUCCUAGCUUGGCUGUCACAACCCCGCGAAAACCCAGGCUUCAUUGCCUCUCGACUGACACGAAUCCACAACCUCUCCGUUUCGACAACCACCGCAUCCCGAACGCCCGGCGUCAGUGGGCCACAACAUGCGCAUUUCUUCCUGCAGCCCGGCUAUGGACGGCACAUUGUCAAAUUCGGCAGUGCGUACAUUGCCGUCAACCGCGAGAAGCACAAUACGGCGAACAUGAACACGGGCGAACCACACGAGAUUCUUCAGAUGACGACUCUAUGGGCUCACCGACACGUUUUUGAGUCAGUCUUUAGCGAGGCGCAUCAACUGGCAGCCAAGGCGAACGAGGGCAAGACCAUUGUAUACUCGGCUCGAGGAAUGGACUGGGUGCCUCUUGGAGACCCAAGGAAGAAGCGACCACUUGGCUCUGUGAUCCUGGACGAAGGUGUCAAGGAGAACAUCGUGGGCGACGUGCAAGAUUUCUUGAACCGGCAGCAAUGGUAUGUUGACCGUGGUAUCCCGUACCGGCGAGGUUAUCUUCUAUUUGGCCCUCCUGGCAGUGGCAAGACAUCUUUCAUCCAAGCGCUGGCAGGAGAACUUGAUUUCAGCGUGGCCAUGAUCAAUCUUAGCGAGAUGGGCAUGACGGACGACAAGCUCGCCUAUCUCCUCACUAAGCUGCCGAAGAGGAGCCUGUUGCUGUUGGAGGAUGCAGACGCAGCGUUUGUUAACCGACGACAACGAGAUGCCGAUGGAUAUAGUGGUGCGACUGUGACUUUCUCAGGUCUUCUCAACGCCCUUGACGGUGUUGCUGCUGGUGAGGAGCGGAUUGCCUUCCUGACGACGAAUCACGUCGAUCGUCUUGAUCCUGCUCUGAUCCGACCUGGUCGUGUGGACUUGAUGCUCCGCAUUGGUGAGGCUACGCGCUACCAGGCUGCUCAGAUGUGGGAUCGAUUUUACGGUGAUGUUGAUACGGAUCACUCUGGCCGGGAACGUUUCCUCAACCGACUUGAAGAGCUGGGCCUGUUUGGACAGGGACCAGAUGGAAAGCCAUCGAAUCGACACACCAGCGCAGCGGCGAUCCAAGGACUAUUCUUGUUCAACAAGAACGACAUGAAAGGGGCAAUCGAUAUGGCCGAAGGACUCAUCCCGAGAAAGUUCGAGGCCUCGGACGAUGUUCCAGAGGGAGCCAUCAAGACUCCUGCAUGA